AUGAACCCGCCACCACCCACCGCGGCGCUGUUCGGAUCCACCUCCCACUCGACCCCCUCUGCCACCUCAUCUACCAUUGACAGCGCGUCACCCAAUCCCGGCCCUCCCAACGCUCACCCACACUACGCGCUCAUGUUUGAUCCCUCCCAUCCACUCCCGUCCAGCUUCCUCCCAUCGUACUUCCUCGGUCAGCGGAACGGAGAUUUUCGUACUGGCGAUACGGGAGAUGCCAUCUUUGGUCUCUCGGCCAAUGCUCUGUCGGGUGCGCCUCAGCCAAACAGGACAGCCAGGAAUCAAUUGGAAGACAUGGCGCUCCCACCUGUCCCUCCUCGCGCAGCGGUACCCAGCUUCUUCUCUCCCCCCAUCCCCGGCGCAUCGCUCCCUGGACCCAAACCAUGGCUCCCGCAAGACAGGGGACCAUGGCAAGAACCAUCCAUCCAGGAUGUACUGGAUGACUGGGCGGGCGUACUGGACAGCGGUGGUGGCUCGCGGGGACAGGUCCCACAGCCUGAAGGCUCCAACCACGCCAUGUCCGUCCCACCAGGAACGGAAUCGCCCUUCUCGGUCCCGCAACCCCUUCAGCGGAAUCCCCACUCUGGUGUCCCAGCCUCCCCGGUAGGCGAUUAUGACUAUCCCAAGUCCGCUACCUACCCUGGAAAUCUCUACGCCGACCUCGUAGCAGAUGGAUCAGGCUGGACGGGUGGACGCGAAUUGAGCGGAGACGCAUGUGGACAGGCAUUACCCAUAUACGAACACCUCCUCUCUUCCCUCCCUCACCUCCGACCCGUCCGGUCAGGCGGGGAUGCAUCCGCCCCAUCCGGCCUUCAGCCGCUUAUUGACCUCGCCUCGGAAGGUCUCUCACUCUUAUCUGCCCAACAAGGCCUGACGCAGCCGUACAUUCCCAUCGAAAUGCCACCCGCACCUCCCAGCAUCCCGGCCCCGCAAGGAUCAGGCGGGCCACAGGCGUCUAAAAGGUCCGGAGGGAAAGAUAAGGGGACGACCAAGUGUCUCGGGUGCGGCGCCACCGAGACGCCCGAGUGGAGACGGGGGCCAAUGGGGCCAAGAACGCUGUGUAAUGCUUGUGGACUGGUACACAUGAAGCUGCAGCGGAAGAGGAAGAAGCAGGAGGAAAAGGCGGCGGCGGCCAAGGGGGACGAGGAUGGUGUGGGCGGGAUGGUAGAGGGCAAGACGAAGAGGGCGAGAACGGAUGAAGAGGAUUGA